GAACUUCUGGCGCUCAGUGCAUCCGCUGCAGGAGAUAAUGAUGGUGGAUGAAAAACGGAACAGAGCUGAACGCCUUUACUUUUCCAGUUGUUGACAGUUACAAACUUGUGAUGAAUGGAAUAUUGUCAGAAAAGAUCCUCGCCAAAUAGAUUCUCAAGAAUGGAGGACUGCUAGAGGAGGAGUACAUCAGUAUUAAUAAGCUUCUUCAUUGUCACUGAGCUGGUCAUUUUCCAUGAAUGUGCUUCUGUUCCACAACAUUUAUCACUUGAGCUGGUUGCUUGGUAGUGCUGCUGAAUUGAUGAUGGAUAACACCAAUACAAGAAGUUAAUGAGCUUGUUUGGAGAACUAGUACUGCAACACCAACAAGAGCAUUUACUACAACACAAAAGUGGAGUAAUUCAAUGGAGAAAUUCCAAGGACCCACCAGCAACCACCACUGUUUUGGAGGAAAUUUGGAUCAAGGGGUUUUGCAACAAUGUCAUGGAAAUACUAGUUUCAAUUUCAGCUAUGGAGCACCGUAUUUUAAUCUAGAGGAAGAAAGCUUCACAAUUCAGGAGGAACAGCAACAGCAAGAGGAACCCAACACAAAUCAACAAUCUUCUCUUUCACUUUCUGUCCCAAUUACAAGCUUAGAAGACAAAAUGCCGUUUCUGGAGAUGUUAAAGAGUGUGGAUUCACCUUAUUAUUCAGACCCAUCACCAGCACCACUAAACCCCCACUUCAAGAUGCUACUCACAUUGCAACAGCAACAUCAACAUCAACAGAUUCCUCAUUUUAGUGGUAGCAGCAGUAGUGACCAGUCGUCUAUGGAUUACUACUACUCUCAUCAAUUGGAAGCAUCCCAGCCAGUGGCAUUUCAACCUCAAAGCUGUGUCACCGCCACCAAAGUGGAAAAUCAAGCACAUUCCUCUAUCAAAUCGGAAGAUAACAAGGAGAAUGGAGAGCAAGAGCACAUGGAGCAGCUAGAACAAGAUCAUGCCCAGGACUACUACUUGUCUUUGCAUCUUGAGAGUGCUAAUAAUGAGAAUAACAAGACUGAUAAUGGAGAAUUAGGCGGAGAACCCCCAAAUCAUUCUUCACCGGAGUCCUUGAACUGCAGACAGACUGUCUCAUCCCCCACCACCACGUGCUGCUUGGCUGAAACCGAGAGCUGCAUAAGCCCACAUGAUAUGCCGCCAUCAAAGACAAAAUCGGCCAGUAAACAAGCAUUGCCAGCUGCCCGACUAGUCACUAGCAGUACUACUGCCACCACUAGUGGUGGUGGUGGUGGACAUGAGCGUGAGAAGAAAAAGAGAAAGCGAACGAGGCCCAACAAAAACAGAGAAGAAGUGGAAAGCCAAAGAAUGACUCACAUUGCUGUGGAACGCAACAGGAGAAGACAAAUGAAUGAUCACCUCAACGCCCUCCGCUCCCUCAUGCCUUCCUCUUUCGUUCAAAGGGGGGACCAAGCUUCAAUCAUAGGAGGUGCCAUAGAUUUUGUGAAAGAACUGGAGCAACUGUUACAUUCUCUCGAGGCUAAGAAGAGAACGAGAACUUCUUCAGAGGAUGAGGAUGACAAUGAGAAGGUUGGUGUCGAAGAAUACAAGGGGAGGAGGAGGAACAGAACCUGCGGUAAUCAUUCCUCAUUGGCUCCAUUUCUUGGGUUCUUCUCAGCGCCCCAGUAUACCUCUUACUCAUCAUCCUUGUUUCUUAAAAAUGAUGCUGAGGAAGAAGAUGAGAAGGAGGAGGAGGAGGUGAUUAAUGAGGAUGAAUUGAGGAUAAUGAGCUCUAAUAACAUCAAGCGCAGUAGUAAUGAGCACGAGUACUACUCUUUGUCAUUGUUAUCGCCAUCGUCUUGGUUGGGCGUGGACAUUGAAGUUGUAGUGGUUCAAACACACGUGAACCUGAAAAUUCUAGGACCAAGAAAGUCAGGACAAUUGGUGAGAGUCAUUGCUGCAUUAGAACAAGAUCUUAGACUUACCAUCUUACACCUUAAUAUCACUUCUUUCGAACAAUCGGUUCUCUACUCUUUCAAUCUCAAGAUAGAAGAUGAUUGUAAGCUUGGAGGUUCAGCCGAUGAGAUUGCAACUGCAGUUUACCAAAUUUUCAGCAGUACCAACAACCAGUUACAUCUGAUUAGCUAAUUGACUAUGUGUUAUUAUUACUGGUUAACUCACUCCAAAGACAUGACUUGCUGCCAGGCUUUAGGAAAAAAUGGAGCACAUCAACAGCCACUGCUUACCAAUCUUCUCGUAGGACUGCUGCUAACCAGGUGAAAGAGUAGGGGAGAAGAUGGUGGAAGCUGAGCACUGCUGAUACCCAUGUAGGGGAUGAUAGGACGAUUUUUUUUCUUUUUCAUUUCUGAGUGUAGAAAAA